AUGGAGGAGAAAUCCCGGGAAAACCCCCAGGGACCGCAGCAUGAACUUGCCAGUACAGUAUCAGACGACGACCACUCGAUCUCGCAGGCCUCAGACCGCACUCCAACUGUUCAGGGGAAAGACGCAGAGGACCGGGUUGUCGUCUCCGACUCUCAGCCAGAGGAUGACCUGCCGGUAGUGGUUCCUCGACUCAAGCGACGUGGCCUCCUCGCCCAACUCACACUGCUCGAAGAAGUUGAGAAUCCCAAGACGUAUCCCCGGAACAAAAAAUGGUUUAUUACAUUCAUCGUUGCGGUUGCAGGAUCUGUCGCCCCGUUCGGGAGUGCCAUCUUCCUCCCUGCUCUGACGCAGGUUAGCGGGGACCUCGGGGCAACUUCCACUAUCACGAAUUUGACGAUAUCUCUCUAUAUGCUUGCGAUGGCAGUGUUUCCCAUAUUCUGGUCGUCUUUCAGUGAACGCCUCGGACGUAGGACCGUAUACCUUGCGUCGUUUUGCUUAUUUGUCAUUUUUAAUGUCCUAUGCGCCGUGUCUACCUCUAUCGGAAUGCUGAUCAUCCUGCGCCUCUUGUCUGGAGGUGCCUCUUCGUCAGUACAGGCCGUUGGCGCUGGCACAAUUGCUGAUAUCUGGGAUACGCGCGAGAGAGGGCACGCAAUGUCGAUAUUUUAUUUGGGCCCUUUAGCUGGACCUUUGAUUGCUCCUAUCAUCGGCGGAGCUCUGGCCCAGCGCUGGCACUGGAGAGCUACAAUGUGGUUCUUCUCCGCGUACGGGGGAUGUAUCCUUGUCCUGAUCAUAUUUGGUUUGCCAGAGACACUAUUAUCGACAAAGCCUCUACUUCCGGAACAAAGAGAGCAAGAAGAACCGAUUGGACGGCGUCUAAGCCGAGUCUCCUCGCGACAGGUCAUUGGCGCAGCAGCGAGGUGGCUAAAGCUCCUCAAGGUCGUCUUCAUAGACCCUCUGAAGAUUAUCUUAUACCUCCGAUACGUCCCCGUUCUGCUAACGGUCUACUACGCCGCGAUAACCUUUGGAUUACUUUACGUUUUAAAUAUCAGCAUUGAACACUCUUUCGUCAAAGACCCUUACAACUUUGACACACUGAUAGUCGGCCUGCUGUACAUCCCAAAUUCCCUCGGCUACUUCAUCUCUAGCAUCUUUGGCGGCAAAUGGAUCGAUAAUAUCAUGAUCAGAGAAGCCAAGAAAGCAAACCGCUACGACGAAAAUGGCAAGUUGAUAUACCGACCCGAAGACCGCAUGCGCGAAAACGCCGUCGUUGGCGCGUUGCUCUACCCAGCCGGCCUAAUCUGGUACGGCUGGACCGUUGAAAAAGGCGUCUUCUGGAUUGCGCCGAUGAUCGCGAAUUUCUUCUUUGGAGUCGGUUCUAUGCUAAUCUUUGCUGUCGUAACCACAAUGCUAACGGAGAUGCUCCCCCGACGCUCUAGCGAGGGGGUCGCGCUGAAUAACUUUGUCAGGAACAUCUUCAGCUGCGUGGGAUCUUUUGUCACGGUGCCUGUUAUCAAUGGGAUAGGCAAUGGGUGGCUCUUUACGAUUGCUGGGUUUGCGGCUUUUGCCAGUAGUCUGGUCAUAGUUGCAAUGAGGCAUUUCGGGGGCGGAUGGAGAGACAAGAUGGAUUCUCUUAUGCAAUGA